AUGGCAAGUUCCAAUCAGGAGAAUUUUGGAACUUCCAUUUUUGGGAAUCUUCAGUUUCAGAGGUUUGGCUUGCCUGCAAAAUCACUCAUGGAGCUUGCAAAAGAGGCAAAGAAACUAGGGCAAGAUGAUCCAAGAAGGAUUGUUCACUCACUCAAGGCAGGCCUUGCUCUUAUUUUGGUUUCCUUAUUUUACUACAUUGAUCCUCUUUACAGUACUUUUGGUGACAAUACAACCUGGGCUGUCAUGACUGCUGUGGUCAUCUUUGAAUUUUCUGUGGGAGCAACACUUGGUAAAAGUGUCAAUAGGAUGAUAGCCACGCUGGGCGGUGGUGCUCUGAGCAUCGGAGUUUGCCGACUAGCAACUGUUUUUGGGAACACAGGCAAGGCCAUUGUAAUAGACAUCUUCGUCUUUGCAAUAGCUGCAAUGGUGACUUUUGCAAGAUUUUUCCCCAAAUUAAAGGCUAGGUGUGAUUAUGGACUUAUGAUAUUUAUAUUGACCUUCUCCCUAAUAUCAGUAUCAAGUUAUAGAGAUGAUAACAUUGCAAAAAUGGCUCUUGAGAGACUCUCAACAAUCGUUGUUGGUUGUUGUGCUACUAUUCUAGUAAGUAUCUGUAUUUGCCCUGUAUGGAUUGGUGAGGAUCUUCACAAACUCGUUGCUCUCAAUAUUGAAAAACUUGGAAAAUUUUUAGAAGGAUUUGGAGGAGAAUACUUUGGGUUGCCUAGUAGUGAUAGGUCAUUUCUUCAAGGAUAUAGAAGUGUAUUAAAUUCACAAAGUAGUGAAGAAAACAUGGCUAAUCUAGCAAAAUGGGAACCAGGACAUGGUCGGUUCAGGUUCUUUCAUCCUUGGAAACAAUAUUUGACGAUUGGAAGCCUAACUAGGCAAUGUGCCAUCAAAAUUGAUGUUCUAAACAACUACCUCAACCCUCAAAUCCAGGUAUAUUUAUAUUACAAGCCAUAUGGUUAA